AUCAUUAAAAUAUAUAUUUAUGUACAAGUAUAGGUGUAUGUUUGAACAGUGCAAAAUGAAAGCAAAGAUAUGGCAAAAGUAAAAACAAUGUAUAUUCAAUAGUUUAUAAACUCAAAUUUCAGGUAUUAUAAAGAAGAAUAGAGAUGGGUAACAUAACCACAAGCAAGCCAGCUAGCGUAGUUGAAGGAUGGAAAACAAAACAAUGCUAACAACUUCAAGUGAAGCAGAUAAUGAAAUGAAGCUAAAACAAAAUGUAGCCUAUCAACCAGUAGUAAAGAGCAAUGAAGAUCCAAUGUACUCAUAUCUUAAUGACUAUUCAGAUUAUCAACUACCAAAAGCUAUUGUUAAAGCCACUAAUAAGUUUCCUCAACAGCCAGUGCAGUACGCUGUAGGAAAGAAGUCAUUUGUUGCUAUAAUAUUUUUAUUGCUGAUAAUAAUAUUCCUAUUAGUGGCUUUACUUGUGCUUGAUUUGGUAUCAAAAGACAUUUUUGUUACUACAAGCCCAAGCAAUUCGAGCAAAAAUGGUGGCUCCACCAAUAUUGCCAAUACUUCAGGUCAGACUGCUAUUAAUAGCAACCUGUCCCUGAUAUGGAAUAAAAUAGACAACUUAUUGGAACUUUGUGAUACUACAAAUAUCUCAACACGAUUGAAUAAUGUGGAGGAAAAAAUAAUUGACCACAAUGCUAAUAGUAACCUGUCAAUGAUAGAGGAUACGAUGAACCAAAAUUUUCUCCUCCUUCAAAAUUUAAUAAAUAAUAUCUCAUUCACUUUUCAAAACAGAAUUGACAACUUAACAGAACAGAUAGAGCUAAACAAUGUCAACACUAACAGUAAUCUCUCACUGAUACAGAAUACAUUGAAUCACAUAAUUCAUCAGAUUAUGAUACAUGCUAAUAAUACCAACAGUUCUGUAGAUGAACUGCUUCAGUUCCUGAACACUAGUCUUAUUAACGAUAUCAGUAUACCAGCUGCUACUGCUCUUAAUAGCAUACUGUUAACAGUCAAUGAAAUACUAGACAUACAAAAUGGAUCCUCUCAAGCUGUUUCAUGCAAAGACAUUAAAACAGCUCAGCCAUGCAGCUCUUCUGGUUACUAUCAUGUUAAUGAUCGCAAUAUCUACUGCAAUAUGGGAGAGCUGUGCGGACAAGAAGGAGGAUGGACAAGAAUAGCUUAUCUUAAUGCAAAUGGGAGCUGUCCAUCUGGAUUUGAAGCACUGGUCAAUGGAGAAAUAAGAGUUUGUAGGAGAGAGGGUAAUUCUGCUGGUUGCAGGUCUAACAUAUUCCAAAUGCAUGGUAUCAGUUAUAGUCAAAUAUGUGGGAAAGUAGUGGGAUAUCAAAAGGGAACAACUGAUGGAGUCAACACUCACAUCAAUGAUAUUAAUAGUGCUUAUAUUGAUGGAGUCAGUAUUACACGUGGGUCACCACGUCAACAUGUCUGGUCAUAUAUAGCUGGGUUUAGUGCAAAUUAUCAUUUAUCUGCCUGUCCCUGUAAUACUGGGGCAAGUAAUACAGUUCAGAGUUUUGUCGGAAAUCACAGUUACUGUGAAUCAGGUACAACUGGAACACCAAAUUGGCAAUUUUUUAGCACUGCUGAUCCAUUGUGGGAUGGAAAUAACUGUCCUCAAAAUGAAGCUCCUUGUUGCACAAAUCCUAGUCUUCCAUGGUUCUUCAGAGAUUAUGAUAAUGCUACCAUUACUGAUUACAUUGAAUUGAGAGUGUGUGCAAAUGAUGGAUACGGUGGUGAAGAUAUCCCACUUCAAUCAUAUGAGAUUUAUGUCAAGUAAACAAACAAUAGUUAUUUGCAUGAUUUUGUAUUCUUAUAGUGUUUGUUUUGGUAGUAAGUUUUGUAGUAGUUUUACAGUUAGAAGUUAGAAUUAUUAUUUUUACAUAAAAAUCAUCAUUUACCAUAAGCAAAUUUGUAAUGAUAUUUUGUGCAGA